UGGGCAUUUUGCUGAGACAUCGCAACCCACCAUAUAUACCCUAUUUAAUUUUUCACUGUCUGUGGCUUUGGCAGUGUCUCCCUUUCUUCCACCAAGUGUGUCUUGUCCUCUUCUUCUUCCUCUCAAUAGGUUGUGAUCUGCAAAAACCGCCAAGAUGUCUGAGAAAAAGAUGACUUCCAGCCGCAGGCAUCACCUGAAGAGCUUGAUCCUGCAGAUCGCUCAGAACUGGAUCGAGCAGGAGAAAAAGGAAGCAAUAUCGACGAAGGAGGCCUACAUGGCCGAACACUGUCCCCCCCCAGACCUGAGCGGAGACCAGAACACCCUCAUGGAAACCUGCAAGAAGCUUCAUGCUCUGAUCGACAAGAUCGAUGAGGAGAGGUACGACGCCGAGGCCAAAGUGCAGAAGGCCGACAAAGAGAUUGAAGACCUGAAGAUCAAGGUGGUGGACCUGAGAGGCGUGAAGAAACCUGCUCUGAAGAAGGUUCGUAUGUCUGCUGACACCAUGCUGAAGGCUCUGCUGGGCUCCAAGCACACAGUCAACAUGGACCUGAGGUCCAACCUGAAGCAGGUGAAGAAGGAGGCGAAAGAGGAGCCUACAGAAGCCGUGGGUGACUGGCGUAAGAACAUUGAGGACAAGGCCGACAGGAAGAAGAUGUUCGAGAGUUCCUAAACAUAUCGCUGCUGUUUUUCUUUCUGUUUAUAUGAACUCCACGUGUCUUGUAUCUGUUGGUUAACUCACAGCACGGCAGGUUGAACAGCAGGUUAGCAUCACUCUAAAGGAGAUUUUUGUUGUUGUCGUUUUGUUUUUGCACUUUGUUUCGUCUGGAGGGAAGGGGUAGAGAAGUGUCGCGGGUUUCUGCAGGUUCACGCAUCAGCACCAAGUCUUAAACUCCACACAUUCACACAAACUGAUGUUUGUGUUGAAUAAACAACAAUAAAGUCAAAUGUGGAAGAAAA